AUGAGAGCUCAACAACGGCUCCUGUUGUUCUACUUCGGUGUAGUACUGACCGCAUUUUAUUCGGUGUAUUACUACAUCGUUCGUGGAGGCCGCGUCUCUCUUUCGAGCUACAACGUAGAUGAUUUUGUAGGAAAGUCUCCCACGCCUUUCGUGCAACGAUGUCAGGUAUUCUACGAACCCAACGGGGAGGUUGCAAUAAGGAGCAUGGCAGAGUCAGUUUAUCGACGUUUCGAUGCAGCUGGUGUCUCUUCCGAAAUCCUAGACCUAGCCCGUUACAAGCACGUCGGCAAAAUCGCAGAAGGCUCAGUUAUUGUUGAAUCUAUGAAUGAUAUGCUGGACAUGUCAGCGCCCUUUGCGGUGGUGUUGAAGUACGUCGCCGAACCUUCCUUUAAAGGGGACUUUGAAAUGGUUGUACAUGGAGGUAAAUGCCUAGUAUUCACCCUGGCAAGCUCCGCUUUUAAAUCACUGUACACGGGACGAAGGAUCUACGAUCUCACUCAGAGUAUGUUUUUUGGUUAUGAAGGGAUGCCUUCGACCAACAUAACACCAUUGCUGGAUUUAAAUCUGGUUUUAACUAGCGACAACUGCAAGAUAGGAUGGAAUGUAAAGGAAGAUGUCAUCGCCCCCUAUUUUCAUCCCAUUGCCAAUGUCAUAUCGUUGUUUUACGAUAUCAGCAUCCACAGCCGUGUUGUUUCCGGCGCGAAUCUUACAGGCGUCAUGAAGAUUAAAGGUGAGCACAUCGUUGACCUACAGGAGCAAGAUGUGGAAAUGUUCCACUUCAUAGAACGCAUCACUGCCGUGGAAGUGCCAACGAGGGAUUCUUCAAUUUAUCGCCACUCAAUCGCAUUCGUCUGCCACGCACCUCACAAAAUGCUUCGCUUUUACGAUCGCGCCCUUCAACGGGAAACUGAAUCUGUGAUGUUAAAAGGCGUGGGUGUAAUAUCGUUGAUGGAUCCGAUAGGUGAUUGCUCUGCUGGAUAUGCGUUAACAGGCGAUGACAUCCGGUCCCUAACGGCUUCCUGGGUCACGUAUAUCAGAAAGAUACACAACUUACCACCAAGCUUGACGGAAAUGGUUGCAGAUAGUAUGCAGGGUGAUGAGGUAAUUACAGUAUUGGAAGAUGGUCAUUACUCGGUUGAAUCACCCCGCCUCACCUUCAGCGUCAGGGUGCAUGCCCCAGGGCUUGUCGCUUUCUAUGGCUUUGAAGUAUCCAAGAUCGCAACAUCGCUAUACAGCCUUUAUGUAAAGGCGGCUAUCGACACGCUUCAAAAGGUUGUCAAGCCCUUGUCAUCAGUGAGCUUCAUGACUAAAGUUUCCCCCGCAGCGGCAAACAGCGUUAAGGAGUCAUAUUCGGCACUAAGCUGCCUCUUCAGCGGCUCCUGCAAUGGGAAGGCAAUAAAGAAUAUCGAGGCUUUGGCCUUGGCCAGGACAGCGUUCAAGCAAUCACUUGAGGCCAUGGGCGACGACGAAACCUACGCCAAGGACGUCGUGUCUACGGAGCACGGUUUCGCGUCGGUGAUGUGCGACGCCUUUCCGUUCCUCUUCCCACUGGUGACGAACUCUGUAAAGUACCUACUGAAGGUGUAG